AUGCGCUGCUACCGCUGCUGGGAGUUCGGCCACACAGGCAGUCGAUGCACCAGCCCAGUGCAAAUCUGUGGCAACUGCGGCGAACACCACCAGCUGGAAACGGCGAUGGCAACCGACGAAGCCCAUCCCGCCGCAUCCCGCCAACCCUGUCCAGAUCAACAGCAAUGCAAAUUCUGCAAAACCAACAACCACCCGACGUCCAUCCGCAAGUGUCCCUUGUACCUGAAGGAAGUCGAGGUCCAACGGGUCAAGGUAGACCGCGGCAUCACGUACCCCCAAGCACGGAAGGAAGUGGAAGCCCUUUCCGGUUCCGGACAAUCCAGCUCCUUUGCGAGAGUCGCUAGUUCCAGUAAGGAUCAAGAAAUCCAGGAGCUGCGAAAGAAGGUAAGCGAAUUGCAAGCCGCAGCAAAACCCAAACAAACCAGUAUCGGAAACCGCCUGGAAGCGAUUCAAAAGAACGGAACCAUCGAAGAUCUUGUGGAGAAAGUGGCAUCUCUAACGCAAGUGGUCUCCAAGCUGCAAGAAUCCAUCUCGGUGAAGGACAAGAUAAUCGAGAAGUUGCGUGACAAAAUCAAUAACCCAAGCCAAUAA